GACAUAAUGUGGAUGCGAAAAAAAUGGUUGAAUAUAUUGACUCAAGAAUUUGGAGAAAUAAAGCCAUUAUAAGUGUUAGUUUAGAUAAACCUUAUAAAAAAGGAUUGGAAAAUUUAAUAAAAAGGGCCGACGUCAUCUUUUUUUCCCAAAUUUUUGCUGAAAGUAAAGGUUAUACUCGUGUGGCUGCUUUUGACUUUUUAAAAUUUAUGGAGGCAAUGUUUUAUAACAAUAAAACCAAAAGAAUUUAUGCCGCGUCUGCACUACAAGUACCAAUUAUAAUUGAUAGUGUAGGAGUAGGUGAUACAUUCGUUGCUUGUGCAAUAUACAGUCUAGUUCAAGGUAUGAGUCCAGAAGGGUGUUUAAGAUUUUCUUGUGAAUUAGCAAGUAGAAAAUGUGCUCAAUUCGGUUUCGGUGGUAUGAUUGAUGAAAUGGAUAAGCUAUUUUGGCUAUAUGGUCGGAAUGAAUCUUCUUCUACUAUUAAUACUUCUUCUUCACCUGUUAAAAAUACGGGAGGUUUACGUAAAAUAUUUAAGUUUACUGGACUAUUUGGAUUAAGAAAAAAACUUAAACCUCAAUCUAUUGAUGCAAUAGAUCGUGGUGAUGCAAUAGAUAGUGGUUUUGCCGAUGCAGAGGACUUUGAUAGCAUAUAUAGUUUUUGUCAAUAUGAUGAUUCUAUUAAUGAUGGUUCAUUUAUUAGUAGCUUUGAUAGUAUUGGUAGUAACA